AUGAAUAGUGAUACAGGUCUACAAUUUAAGGGGCUAGGGCUUCAGUUCGCCCCCCUCAACGUCCCGCUAGAGAGACGUCUUCAGACCCUAGCCGUCAUCUACUUCUGGACUUCCUUCAUCUUCAUGGGUAUGUUACCAUCCAUCAUGGGCAUCUACCUCCUCUUCACCGACUACUACUGGGUGACACUCCUAGCAGCGUCUUGGGUAUACUACGACCGCAAGACGCCUCAUCAAGGGGGUAGACGCAUGUCUUGGUUAGGUGUCCGCUCCAUGAUACAGUGGAGUUACAUCAAGGACUUCUUCCCGAUCACUCUUGUGAAGACGGUUGAUUUGGACCCAAAGCAUAACUACCUCCUCGCUGUACAUCCACACGGAAUCAUGAGCUUCGGAGCGGUGAUAAACUUCGGCAGUGAGGCGACGGGGUUCAGCGAGCUUUUCCCGGGCAUCACACCGUCGCUCCUCACACUGAGCGGCUGGUUUAAUAUCCCAUUGGUGAGGGAGUACUUGAUGAUGGGAGGUCUGUGUGCUGUUAGCAAGGACAGCGGUGAUUGGCUGCUGGGUGGUCAGGCGGGUCAGGGCAGAGCUGCCGUCAUCGUUGUGGGCGGCGCUUCUGAAUCAUUGGAGGCGCAUCCAAAUAACCACGUGGUCUAUUUACAUCGACGUAAGGGAUUCGUCAAGAGAGCUAUUGAGAGCGGGGCUUAUCUCGUUCCAUGUUAUUCCUUCGGCGAAGCGGAAAUCUUCAAGCAGAUGCCUAAUCCUCAGGGUUCCAGACUGAGGGAUCUUCAAGUCCGCUUGACUCGACUGGUGGGAUUUGCUCCGCCCAUCUUCCACGGUAGAGGAGUCUUUAACUAUAACUUUGGUUUGCUUCCCUUCCGAAGGGCCAUCUCAACCGUCAUUGGAAAGCCAAUGUACGUCAAAAAGAUCACAAACCCGUCAUCGGAGCAAGUGGAAAAGGUUCACCAGGAAUACAUGGGACACCUGAGGGCGCUGUUUGACGCGAACAAGACCAAGUAUGGGGUUGCAGGAGAUCAGAAUUUGAACUUUAUUUAAAGGCUUAAAAGGGGCCGAUAAGUUGUGUAAAUAAACCAAUUAUAUGUUUAAAGAUUAGACUUUUGUAAAUAUAUAUUUUGAGAUAUUUUUCAUAGUUGUCAUCUGCAAACUUUUACAUUUGAAAAGGGUUUAUUUACUUGAAUUGUCUUAA